UUAAAAAAAACUAUAUAACUAGUCAAUAAAACAUUUAGUAUUUAACACAAAUUAAAUUCAUUCAAGUAAUUUUUUCUUCAACGAAAUAAAAAUGGCUUAUGAAUAGUGAUAAAAUCCCCGUUAUCUCACAAUCUCUUAUCACAUUUUUUUUCAUUGUUAUCAUCACCAUAGCUUUGUAAAAUGAUUCAAAUCAGUACAAGAAUGCACAUAAUACGACGCGGUUGAUAAAAAAUAAAUUUUCAAAUAAAAAUCACAAGUGUAUCUGUAUGAAUAUUAUAUCAAUACGCGAUUUAAUCAAUAAAAUUUACUUGGUACAUGCAAAAAAAAAUACAAAGAAAAGUAAAAUAGAUAAUUCACUUGCGCGUUGCUAGAUAAAAUAACUAAACAAGAAAUGAAUAGCAACAGUACCAGCGACUCUAAUACCCCGAGCGGUUCAAAGUUAAAUGUCAUAAAUUGUUAUUUUUGUAACGAAUUAUUGGAUCAAAAAUAUUGGCACAGUCAUGUGCAAAUGUGUAGUGAAAUUUUGGAACAAUGUACAGGUUGCGGUAAUUGUGUACUGAGAAGGAAUAAAAUAAUUCAUCAAGAGCAGUGUCCCGGUUGCCAUAAGUGUCAAGAUAAAUUAAAUAAUUCAAAAUCUAUGAGUUAUAAACCGGUUGAUAAAGUUAACGAGUCCGGUGAAAUUUAUCACGCAAUUAACGCAAUGAACGCGGCCAUAAAAGACGAAGAAGACGAGCGUAAGGAAUCGGUGGACCACUUGAUUUUAAUGAUCAAACAAUUGGAGAAUAAUGUUGAGUACAUAACUAAGCUGAUGAACGGAUUGUGGAAAAAUAUGAUGGAGGAAUCGCGUAAAGAGACCGCUAGACAUCAACAGCAGCAGUUUUAUUUACUGAAUGUUGAUAAAAAGUUGAAUAAUCUCGAAGAAAUAUUGAACGCCGUUAAAGAGAAGACUAGUGCCAGUUUUCAAGCACUCGGUUAUCGGUUGGAUAUUAUCAAAAAUGCUCUUGAUGAUAAUCAGCAUCAGCAAUUAGAUAAUUUUGACAGCGUAAUGAGGAUGGAAAAAUUGGAAAAUGAAUUGAAAGAUUUGAAAACGUUCGUUGCUAAAGAAAGCAUAUUAAUUAGCGAUAUUUGGGACGAUCAUAAGCAAGAGAUAAAAAAUAUUAAGUAUCAAUUGGGCUUACGAUUUAAUGAGGACAAAAAUAUUGAAUGUAAAUUUAAAUCGCUUAAUGAUAAAAUAGAUUUAUUAAUUGAUGAAUUGAAAUGUCAUAAUGAGUGCAUUGAUAAACAGGAAAUUAUAACCAAGUCAUUGAAAUUGCGGUUGAAUAAAACGAUCAAGUGUCUUGAGGAAUUAAUGGUCUCAAAUGUUGUUAAUAAUAAUUUAUUAUUAUCUUACAAUGCUGUUGGUAAUUUAAAUUACUUUAGAAACAGCAAAGAAGAAAUGGUUACAGCGAUACCUAUUACGCAUGGAAGACUUUUGUGGCGUAUUGAUAAUUACUGUGAGAAAAUGACCGCCGCUAAAGAAUAUGAGGCUGUAGUUAACAGCCCGACAUUUUUUAGUAGAGAAUAUGGUUACUUAUUAAAAAUGGAAUUAUAUUUAAACGGGAGAGACAGGUGGAAAGAUAGGAAUAUUAUUGGGUGUCUUAAAGUCGUUGAAGGUCCUUGGGAUCCUUUAUUAGAGUGGCCUUGCACUCUUCGUGCGCGCGUAACACUUUGUGAUCAAGAUAAUUCGAAUAAUAAUAUUAAGAAAAUUGUUAAAACCACAGCUACGCGGCUUAAAAAUAACGACAGUAAAAAUAGUAGUAUUAAUUUUGAAAAAGAUUCAACUAUUGACAUGUUUAUACCACACACUGUUUUAAAUAGACAUGAUGGAUUCACCAAAAAUAAUUUGUUAUUUUUCGAUAUACAGAUUACCGAAUUACAAAGCAAUCUAUCGGCUUCUACGUCGGCUUUGGAUAAAUAGAUUUAUUUUUAGUUUUAGUUGCUAUUAAUAAUUAUUAACCAUGUGCACAUUGCAUUAGACGAUUGUGUGUUAUUUGAUAGUAAAAUUUAUAAAUGAACGUUUAUUUUUUAU